GAGGAAAAACGAUAUGCAAAUCCUUACAUGACUGAUGCAGAGUUUGAGGUCGCGUUUCACAACGAGUUUAUUGUGUGGUUUAGCCAUUACGUUUGUCGUCCUUGUAACGACGAGUUGAACCCUUAUAUUAGGUCGCUUGCAGCUGGACCAUUAAGGGAGAUUGAAACAUACUCCGGCUAUUUCGUGAAUGGCUAUAGAUUUCACACAACUGAUCAUGAUAGAGAGAGUGCGACUGUGAACAGUGGCGUUUGCAUAAAAGGCUCGGUCUAUGGUAGUGAUAGAGAUGUGCUAGACUUUUAUGGGCGCCUGCAAGAGGUUUGCGUGCUGGAGUAUCCGGGGUAUCCAAUUAAGCAGACAGUCUUGUUCAACUGUGAAUGGUUUGACUUGUCGGCUCAGGGAACUUCUAUUGAUACAGACUUCAAGUUAGUUUCAUUGAACCACACACGAAGAUAUAAGAAGUAUGAUCCCUUUGUUUUGGCCAGUCAAGUAGUUCAAGUGUUUUACUGUCCCUAUCCCAGUACGAACCAAUCAAAGAAAAAUUGGUGGUCAGCAUGCAAAGUCAACGCAAGAUCAAAGGUUGAAGUGUCUACUGCAGCAUCUACAUCAACAUUAGAUCAACCAUUUCAAGAAGAAGUGGUUACUAUUAUGCCUACUCACACAAGUGUAGGCAUUGAACAACCACUUCUUCUUCAUCCCCUCGGUGGAGUCGUUGAGAUUGAAGAUGACGAUGAAUCAGACGACGAUGAUCCCCCGUUGACAUCUAACGAUAGUGAUGAUGAUAGUAGUGCUAAUUAUGAAUAAAUGUAAAUGCACAUUUUGAUUGAAUUUGAUUGCAAAUUUGUUAUGUUUGUUAGUUACUGUUAAUGUUAUGUUUGGCUAUAUAUUGUAAUUGUAAUUGUAUGCAACAGGUAUCAUGUCUACCUCACGAGGUUUCUUGGGAUUUCGGGGGCGAUCUGGCGUUAAUGCGCCAGAAGCUACUGCAGAUACAUCUGAUGGGUCCGGGACGCACAUUUCUGGGACUCCCGAGACUCUCCAGGCUUCUAGUAGUUCACGGGCUAGAAGGCCUAGGGGCCCUACAGCUGCUGAUAUCAGAGAGAGAGUUCGUAAGGCUGCAGAUGGGAGGACGGAAUUUGAGAGGCAUCCUACGACUGGGUAAGCAUUUGAGUUUAAUUUACUGUUUCUCGUACACCAUGAUUAAGUGAUAAAAUUACUUGUACACAGUGAGUUGUUGGAGCCCUACGGCCUGUCCAAAGCUUGCACACAGUCAUUUAAGGCAUUUGAAAACCCAGGCGGGUACACAUGGAAGUUGACGCCCCCGGCGAUGAAGGAUAAAUUUUUUGGUGAAUUAGAGGUACAAUUAAAUAACAUGUACAUAUAAAUAUAUCAUGUUCAAUUGUUAAAAUGUUUGAUAUUAAAUUAAUUCUCUUUCUUUCAACAGAAAGAGUUUCAGUGGCAGCCCGCGGAUGAGCGUGACGUGAGGAAAAUGUGGGAGAAAAACGCCCGCAAAAGGUACUCCGACAUGAUGAGCGACUACAAGAAAGAGCUCAAGGACUGUACCCGCCAAGGGAGACAGAUGUCUAGACCCAUCUGGAUGACUCCCGAUUUCUGGACUGGACUCCAGGAAUACUAGCAGCGUCCCGAGGUUGAGGCUGUUUCAGAUCGAGCACGUGCCAACCGGAUGUCCGAGCCCGAUGGGGAGGGUACAGGGAUCAGUAGGCACGUGGGCGGGUCCCAGUCGACUCGUAUCCUGCAGCAGUAUAUGGUAUGUAAUUAACAAAUAAUUAAGUAUAUAAAUUAAAUUAAUAUAUUGACUAAUAUAACUUAUUUAUCUUAUAUAAAUGCAUCUACAGAGCUUGGAUCCUGGUACUCCCCAGGAUGCACCGAACUAUGCCACCUUCCUCCGCCUCCACACGUACGCCGACGGAAGUUAUACGUCGGAGAGAGAUGCUAGAAUUGACGUAAGUGUUUAAGUUUAUUCAAAUAUUUAGUGAAUGUAUUUAUUUUCUAACAAUUAUGCAUUGUUAUGUAUGUAUUAGGUCGAGGUUCAUCGACUGGCCGCUGCCACAGGACGACAGGAGCGGCUAGACGAGGUGUAUUUGGAGGUGGUGCAAAUUGAUAGGUCACGGAUCUACGGCGUCGGGAGUGCCGGGCAGAGUCAGGCUAGUAGGGGGUCUUUCCGCAGCACGGGCAGUUCUGCGGUGUCUCAGCAGCUUUAUGAGACACGGAUCUCCACGCUGGAGGAGCAAUUGGCGGCAGAGCAAGCACAACGCCAACAGAUGGAGGACCGCAUGGCUCAAUUGGAAGCGUUUAUGAGGAUGUAUAAUGCUCAGCCACCUCCAGGGCCUGAUGCCGAUGAUGAUGAUGAUGAUGCUUAGAAUUAUUAAAACUAUAUAUUUAUGUUUUCAAACGAAAUUACAUUUGCACUUUCUUUUCAAAUUUAUGUUUUAUUUAACUAUAUAUUUCAAGUGCUUUAAUUAUUAAAACUAUAUAUGUUUUAUAUAUUUAAGGCAAUGAUGAUGAUGAUUGCAUUUAACAUAAACAAAUAAAUUCAAAUCACAUUAUAAUAACCAAAUUAAAACACUUUUGGUGUAUUAAUGUUAAAAAAAAAAAUAAUUAAUUAAUUAAUUAUUAAAUAUUAAUUAAAUAUUUUACCGACGAUAAAAAUAAGGACCGAAACGAACUCGCUCACUAAUUAACAACAUAUUUCAGGUAUUAUCUCCACAUAUUCAAAGAUUAUAAUUAUAUGAGUGAGUAUAUAGCAUUUAAAUGAAUUAAUAGAUGUAGAUAUAUCAAUAAUACGAGUGUUCUGUACUGGUGAUCACUCGAAAAGAAUUUCAAAGUUAAGCGUGCUUGACACAGAGCACAAGCAAGAUGGGUGACCCACUGGGAAGUCGGGUCGCCGACUGGGAAGUUCGUCUAAAGUAUGCAAUACCGUAUAAAUACGGAAAUAAAUUGUGGAUAUACAAUAUACAAUAAAAUAAAUAAAUAAAUAAAUAAAUAAAAUAAAAUAAAAUAAAAAACAUUACCGUGGGCAAAACGCCGUCGGUAGUUACCGACGGCAAUUUGCCCUCGGUAAAUACACGGCCAUCCUCCGGCAUGACCACCGGCCGGCGGUAGCUUGUUACCGACGGCGUUUUGCCGCCGCUAUUUACCGGCGGUAAUCGCCGUCGCUAGUUUUCCGGCAAGGUCAGCCGGAAUCCGGUGGCUCGCUACCGACGGCAAAAUAGCCCUCGGUAACUAGCGGCGGUGUAUGCCGCCGCUAAUUCUCCGGCUAGGCUCCGCCGUUUAACGGCGACAAUUCCGGCGGCAUCGCCGCCGUUAACUGCCGACGGCGGAUGUUCGCCGCCGUUAUUGUCGUUGCCGACGAACCUUUUAGCGGCGGGAGCUUGCCGCCGUUAUCGCCGCCGGUAACACUAUUUACCGGCGGCCGUCUUUUGUUACCGACGGCAUUUAGCCGUCGGUAAUCAACGAUUUUUUUGUAGU